AACCCCACACAAAACCCUCGUCGAACAACCCAGAACGAAAACAACAACAACAAACCGAAAAUGGUGAGGUGGUGGCGCUCAGCCGGCGGAGGCCUCCGGUCGCUUCUGUCAAACCCUCCCUCCGCCUCACACCCCUCUCUCCAAUCCCAAGCUUCUCUCUACCACACCAUCCAAGCCAUCCCCAGAGAGUUCACCGGAAACCGAAUCUCAGCCAAAGACAGAGCCCAGGGUCGAAUCCCCGCCGUCGUCUUCGCUCAGCCUCCACCGGAAAACAGCCCCAAGCCCACCGGCCGGUACAUCGCCAGAAAACACUUGCUGACCACCGAGAGGAAGCAGAUUCAGGCCAUUCUCAACUCCAUUGAGCUCCCGUAUUUCUGCUCCACCACAUUUCCGCUCCAGAUCCGAGCCGGGUCCGGGUCGUCGGUUCUGCUCGAAUCCGGAAACGUCCUACCUGUCAAGAUUCAUAGGGACGAAGAGAGUGGGAAGAUACUGAAUUUGGUGUUUGUUUGGGCCGAUGAGGGCUCCGAGUUGAAGGUGGAUGUUCCGGUUACUUUUAAAGGUGAAGAUGUUUGCCCAGGUCUCAAAAAAGGCGGCCACCUGAACAAAAUUAGAACAAGUCUAAAGUACCUUUGCCCAGCCGAACAUAUUCCUCCCAAAAUUGAGGUGGAUAUCAGCAAUCUAGAUAUAGGAGAUAGGGUGUGCCUUCCAGAUGUUAAGGUUCAUCCAUCCCUGAAGCUUCUGAGCAAGAACGAUGUCAUGCCUAUAUGUAAGAUAGUUGCAACUAAGUUGGAAACCCCAGAACCGGCAGGAGUUUAAGCACAAUCUUGAAAGCUUUGUAACCGAAUUUGGUAGCAAGAAUCACAAGAAGUUCAAGAAUAAGCUUUUAUUUCACUAGGCUACUGAUUGAGGUGGUGUUAUGAGAUUCUCAUGUAGGAGAGAGUUUGACAUUGUUGUUUAGAUCAUAAAUUAUUAAUCAGACACAAGUUGGGUCCUCUUUUAGCACUUCGAAUAGAAUCAUUUGCUUUCUCUGCUUUUA